AUGCAGCUUGACGGUCUUCAUGCCACACCACCGAUCAACUUGGCAGCAGGCAUCAACGUGAAGCUUAUUGGAACCAACGUCGUGCUCAGCACUUUUUUUGGCCUCAAGGUGUCCUUCGACGGAAACCAUCGCCUAGAGAUCGUCGUACCACCUGGGUACCUCAACACUACACAGGGCUUGUGUGGCAACUUCAACGGCGUUCUCGCUGAUGACAUGCUCAAGCCUAAUGGCACCAUGGCCAGUACGGUGGUUGAGUUAGGAAACAGCUGGAAGGUGGAGGAUGAAAACUGUCCCGAUGAAGUGGAAACCGUCGACCCUAUCUGCGAACCAGACCUACAAGCCAUCGUCCAGGGCGACCAAUGGUGCGGCAUCAUCCAGACCGACUUCCAGGCUUGUCACGGCGUGGUGAACUCGACUCAGUUUUACGAAAGCUGCGUCUAUGACGUCUGCGCGUACGACGGCGAUGUCGGGCGACUCUGUGAGAACGUAGAGGCCUACGUCGCAUCCUGUAAUGCGUUCGGAAUCACGUUUGACUCUUGGAGGAACGAAUCCUUCUGUCCUCUCAGCUGUGGUCCCAACAGCCACUACACCAACUGCACCACAGCCUGUCCAGCUACUUGCACCAACCUCAACCCUGUGUGCACCCAGCCAUGUGUGGAAGGGUGCGAGUGUGACGCCGGCUACAUCCUCAGCGGGGAGAAGUGCGUACAGUACGAGGACUGUGGAUGCUCUGACGGCUUUGGCUACCAUCCGCAAGGAGAAGAAUGGGGAGAUGGUAACCAGCAGAGGUGCCGCUGUGUGGGUCGGGAUCAGAUAGUCUGUGAGUCGGCAGUCUGUCACAACGGCCAGAUCUGGAGCAUCGAGAAUGGCGAGUACGGCUGCCACUGCGUGCCAGGAUCCAAGUGCACAGCUACGUGUGGAGACAUCCGUGACGACUUCAUGUCAGGAUCCGUGUCGUCUCCGCUGUACCCCAGUCCUUACCCGGCAGACCAAGACUGCAUGUGGAUCAUCAACCCCCCACCUGGUCUCAUCCUCCACAUCACCGUCACGUACCUGGACCUGGAGGCACAGCUGGACUACGUGCUGAUUGGAUGGGGCACAGACCCCGGAUGUGUGACCUUCCUGACCGGCCACCACAACCCACAACCUGUGCUACCGAUAAUCGUCAGCGAAGAAGCAUCACAAGUCUGGAUCGUCUUCCACAGCGACGCUACGGUCCAGGGUACAGGCUUCAACUUGGACAUCCAGGCUGUACAUUCAAACGUAACAAUACCAGUGCCAGUUACUCCAGAGCAAAUAUGGACAUCUUCACCUGUCACUCAAGAUCAGUCACCCGUUACUGACGAGGAGAUGUGGACAUCUGUUGCGGUUACAACAGAGGAAGUUCCAACAAAUAGACCAAGGCCGCCAACGAACAAACCCACUACACCACCCAAACCCACCACGCCACCAAAGCCUACAUCUCCACCCGGACCUAUGGAACAAGGCGGUGUUGUCGUCACUUUGGAAGAGGCCACUGAGGGAUUGGUGAACUUCACGGCGUUGCAAAUCGCUAUUGCUGAGAUACUUAACGAGUUCUGUGCCCAAGAAGGCAAUGACUGUGAGCUUCCAGAAAACAACACUCAGUCUUUCAGACCACAAGACGUUGUUAUUGGAGAAAUUACCGAGACACCAGACGGUGUCGAUGUACAACUGUAUGUGGAGACACCGUUCGACAACGCCACUACGUCUGUUAUACCUGCUCAGAAUCUUGAGGCCGCGAUCUUAGACAACCAGCUGGAUUUGGAAGCGUCCUUGGGUACUGGGAUACAAGUGGAACAGGUGGGCAACCAAGGACCAGAGGAGGUACCUAGGGAAACUGAUGAAGCGCCGGCCAUGGAGACCUGGGAGAUCGCUCUGGUCACCGUCACAAGCGCUGCUGGUGUCUUCUUCAUCGGUGUGACCAUACACGCCAUCAAGGUGGAAACGGGAAAGUACGCGCUUACAUCAGCUGCUUUGGGAUCAGCAACAAACCUGGUUGAUGUGGAGAUGGGAACGAACGGAGACAUUCAUUUUAACAACCCGGCAUAUCAAGGGGGCCCGGACAGUUUUGGCGGACAGAAUCCUAUAGACUGUAAUGGAGGGACUAACCCUCCCAUAACAGAGCCCACUCGACCGGUGACCAACCCCGACCCUGGUCCUUCAGGGCCGGACCCAACUGAAUGUGGCCCAAUCAACCCAGGCGUAGGUCCCAUCCGACCAGACGUUAUCCGACCAGACCCCGUGCGACCAGACCCUAUUUGUCCAGAGCCUGAGAGACCAGACCCUGAGCCCGAUUGCGGUCCCGACCCACGACCACCCACCCCAUCAAACAGUUGCAAUGGUGGUUCACGACCUGGCUCACGACCAGGCAGUCCAGGUGGAAGCCACGGAAGUGGAUCUCGCCCAGGCUCCCGUCCCGGUUCCCGACCAGGCAGUCCAGGUGGAAGCAGUGGACGUGGAUCCCGUCCAGGGUCUCGUCCUGGGAGUCCCAGCGGAAGUGAGAGCGGACGGUCCAGGUCUAGUUCCAGGUCUAGGUCUAGGUCUAGGUCUAGGUCCAGGUCCAGGUCCCGAAGCCCCGGGGGAAGGCGUCCAAGGGCUCCUCGAAUGAAUCAAGAAAACGUCAACAGCACACUGUAAACGUCGAUACUACUAACUCGUCAUAUCUUUAAAUAAAAUAAGGUUUCAUUAAAACAGGUUGACCAUUGUCACUAAGAUUGACAUGAGAUGUAUAGAUUUUGAGCAAAAGCCGUAUUCAUUCCACGAAGUUUACUUGCAUGUAGCUAUAGCUAGUUGUUAAGCAUAAGACGAAGCAAUCAUUAAAUGAAUAAGUCAACGUGGCAACUACACCUUUAUGUAAAGCCAUUAUGUAAUGUUACUAAUGUUUUUGACUUUUUUCCACUUCGAGAGUGAAUACUUCUUGAUUAGCUGUUGGCCAGUAAUCUUGCACGUCAUUAGAUAUUAACUUGUAGCUGUUGACCUUAUUUAGUGACUUAAGUCUAACAACGUUGGGUACGUAGAUGGUACAAUAGCAGGGGAAAAGUUAAAUUGUUGUCAAACCACGCAUUGCUAAGGUCAUGCAUAUACACAUACAUAGGUUGUUGUUUUUUUUUCAAUAAAAUUUUAUGGGGUUUUGUGAACACUGCGACAAGGGAUUUUGUAAUGGGACAAAUUUUGAUACAAAACAAAUAAUUGACAACCGUCCAAUCCUUUAUUGCAAGCCAGGGUACAAUCUCAAAGCUUGUUUCAGAAAGUGAUGUUCUUUUUUACACAUUCUAUGCAAAAUUCAUUGUAUGUUCCAUGCCUGGUGUAUAAGUAUACAAAAAUGAAAUAUAAUGUACCAAUGUAACUAAGGUAGGAUCAAAUGGAUACUUACGUGUUUUUACACAAAGGAAAAUAUUUUUGAAUGGUUAACAGAUUUAUAUAUUUAUUGAAAAGCUCAGGUUAUUUUGCCACGUCUUAUUUGAACCCCACGCAGUUGAACUGUUACUGUAGUAGUUUUGCUAUGCUAUCAAUAAAGAGUUGAAUCAUU